GUGGGCGGGGCUAGGGCAGCGGGGGUAGCUGCGGUUGCCGUGCAGGAGCUGGUGAGAUCGAAGCCGGGUGUCCUGCGUCGUGGAUCUUGGAGCGGCUCGUUAAGAAAAGUGACCAUGGAGAACAACGAAACCUCAGUGGAUUCCAAAUCCAUUAAUAAUUUUGAAGUAAAGACCAUCCAUGGAAGCAAAUCAAUGGACUCAGGAAUAUAUCUGGACAAUAGUUAUAAGAUGGAUUACCCUGAAAUGGGGGUGUGCGUAAUAAUUAAUAAUAAGAACUUUCAUAAAAGCACUGGAAUGACCCCUCGGUCUGGUACCGAUGUCGAUGCGGCCAAACUCAGAGAGACAUUCAUGGGCCUGAAAUAUGAAGUCCGGAAUAAGAAUGAUCUUACUUGUGAAGAAAUUGUGGGAUUGAUGGAUAAGGUUUCUAAAGAGGACCACAGCAAAAGGAGCAGUUUUGUUUGUGUGAUUCUAAGCCACGGCGAUGAAGGAGUCAUUUAUGGAACAAAUGGACCCAUCGACCUGAAAAAGCUAACUAGUUACUUCAGAGGUGACUACUGCCGAAGCCUGACUGGAAAGCCCAAACUCUUCAUCAUCCAGGCCUGCCGGGGUACGGAGCUGGACUGUGGCAUUGAGACAGACAGCGGAACUGACGAUGACAUGGCAUGCCAGAAGAUACCCGUGGAAGCCGACUUCCUCUAUGCUUACUCCACGGCACCUGGUUACUACUCCUGGAGAAAUUCAAAGGAUGGGUCCUGGUUCAUCCAGUCACUUUGUGCCAUGCUGAAACUGUAUGCCCACAAGCUUGAGUUUAUGCACAUUCUUACUCGCGUUAACCGGAAGGUAGCAACAGAAUUCGAGUCCUUCUCCCUUGACGCCACUUUCCAUGCGAAGAAGCAGAUUCCGUGUAUUGUGUCUAUGCUCACAAAAGAACUGUACUUUUACCACUAAGGAAACGAUUGGGGGUUUAUUUCUCUUCGUUUUGUUUUGAAUGCCAAAUGGGGAAAUGGUUUCAGGCGUUUAAAUAAAAUCUGAUGUUCCAGAUGGUACUUUGAACCGUACCACUUGCCCUAGCAAUGCAACCACAGUGCAGCUACCUCAAGUUCAACGUCAGGUAGUUGAAGUGGAAUUGAAUUAGGAACAAAUAAAUGUCAAUGAUGGUACUAUCAUAAUAGAGGAAAUUACAAAUUUACCCUUUUUUUAUAAUUAGUAAGAUUUGCUGAUACUAUGAAUUUUAAAGUAAUUAUGAAGAAAUUAAACAUGAUUUUAUACUCCCUAUUCACACUAAGAAUGUCAUUCUAGUUUUUGUUAAACUAUAGACAUAAUGGUGUCAAAUGAUACAUCUUGGAACUUGAAUCCGUAGGCAGAGUCAAAGGCUUGAACCUUUAUUUUGGAAGUGAUGUAUGGAAAUGAAGCAUUGGACCACCAGUAGCAUUCAUUAUAGCUGCUGGUUUUGUGAUGUGUCCUGAGCAUGUAUUUGUUAUUUAAAAAAAAAAAAUCAUGUUUUAUUGUUGAAAAAAAAUCGAGUAUUUAUGUGAGAGGAAAACGUGAGUGAAUUUGGUUGACUCUGAAGGCUAUCAUACAUCAGUAGUGGACAUGAUGGCAAGGUGCUAAGGCUACCAGCAUUUGUUUCUUACUUCUUCUUAUACAAAUCAGGUUAGUUUUACAGACCAGCAAAAUAUCUAGAGGACGGUUAUGGAACAGCCUCCAAUUGUUGAUUAUUAGAAUGAAAUAAAGAAAUUCUGCAGGAAAGUAUUAAAAUACCAGCUAUAAAACAGAAUCUAAGGUGAGGAGGAAUGAAUCUACUGUAAUUGGAGAAAUAUGGUUUUAGCCAGAGCAGAGACGUGGCAGAGCCAGCCAGCCACAGGCACAGCUUCAGAAAGGAAUACCAGCUGGGCUCACUCACGAGUGCUCAUUUGUGGGAAUGAUGUCCCCAAGGUCCAAGUCGCCACGGUGAGAAAGUGAGCCAGAUCAGAAACUUCUGAGAAAGGGCUUUCCCAAAGUGGUGAGAGUCUCGAGAAAGAUCCCUGAACUCCAUGUGCAGAGUCUGUAAGCAUGCUGAGUUUUCUGUUGAAGUUUACAAUAAAAGGAAACCAAUGGUGACGUAUGGAUCGUCACCAGAAAUGAAAGGACCAUGGCACACAGGACUUGGGAGACAUCUAGUCACAGACCCUGCAGCCCACAUGGGAAGCUGCAGAAUGGAGUCCAGCUGUAUCAGAGAGGCUGUGCUCCAGGCUUUUCCUCAUUCAUGAAGGUGCUGAGCCAUUGCUGGCUAGCCGGAUAUAUCCAGCAUUUCACAUAAGCUUCCUUUUUGCUCAAAGGAAGGAAGGAACUCACAUUUAUGAUGGGUAGAUUAUUGUUUAGACUGGAUCUGUAAACUCUAAGUAAAUGUAGCAUGUGAUGGUAUCUUAAAGUGUGUUCCCAUGUAUCAAUUUUAUAAGAGUUUGUUGACUUUAUUUCAAAACAUAAAUUCAGAUUUAAAAUUA